GCUGCACACCAAGGAGCAGAUCCUGGAGCUGCUGGUGCUGGAGCAGUUCCUCACCAUCCUGCCCCGAGAGUUCUACACCUGGAUCCGAGAUCACAGCCCAGACAGCGGCAAGGCUCUGGUGGCCAUGGUGGAGGACCUGAUGGAGAGCACACCUGAGGCCAAGGCGGUUCCAUGCCAUGCCCAGGGAGAGCAGCUGGUCACAGCCCUUGGCGGAGGAUCUUGGCAAUCAAGCAUCCACUUGGGGCCCGUAGAAGUCAAACCUGAGUGGGGGAUUCUUCAGGGGGACGGAGUUCAAAGCUUAGGCCCAAGCACUACAGAACAGCUGAGCCAGGGCCCUGGAGACGGGACACAGGCCUUCCAGGAGCAAGCACUGCCCAUUCUUCAUGCGGGUCCAGGUCUUCCCUCUGUGAGCACCAGAGACCAAGAGCUUGCUGCUGGGUUCCUUGCAGCAACAUCCCAGGGUCUGGGGCCAUUUAAAGACAUGACUCUGGCUUUUCCUGAAGAGGAAUGGAGGCACGUGGCCCCAGCUCAGAUCGACUGCUUUGGGGAGUAUGUGGAAUCACAGGACUGUGGGGUCCUUCCAGGUGCUGGGAACAAGGACAAGGAGGCCAAACCCCAGCAGGAAGACCUGAAAAGAGCAUUUGUUGGGUUGACUUCCGAUGGGUUUGGAGAAACUGCCAUCCAGGUUCCUGGCCCAGGGGGUGCCUGUGAGCAGGAGCCUGGGGCCUCUGGGGCCAGUUUACCUGGGCUCCCCGUUCCUCAGCAUGGGGUCCCCCUGCCAGAUGCCCUCAAUACCCACAGUUCUUUCUGGAAGCCUUUCCAGUGCCCUGAGUGUGGGAAAGGCUUUAGUCGCAGCUCCAACCUUGUCAGGCACCAGCGAACCCAUGAAGAGGAGAAGUCCUUUGGCUGCGUUGAGUGCGGGAAAGGUUUCACCCUGAGGGAGUACCUCACUAAGCAUCAGAGGACCCACCUGGGCAAGAGGCCCUAUGUGUGCGGCGAGUGCUGGAAGACUUUCAGCCAGAGGCAUCACCUGGAGGUGCACCAGCGCAGCCACACGGGGGAGAAACCCUACAAGUGCUCGGACUGCUGGAAGGGCUUCAGCCGCAGGCAGCACCUGCUGGUGCACCGCAGGACACACACUGGGGAGAAGCCCUACACCUGCGAGUGCGGCAAGAGCUUCAGCAGGAACGCCAACCUGGCAGUGCACCGGCGCGCGCACACUGGGGAGAAGCCCUACGGCUGCCAGGUGUGCGGCAAGCGCUUCAGCAAGGGGGAGCGGCUGGUGCGGCACCAGAGGAUCCACACAGGCGAGAAGCCCUACCACUGCCCCGCCUGCGGCCGCAGCUUCAACCAAAGGUCCAUCCUCAACCGGCACCAGAAGACCCAGCAUCGCCAGGAGCCCCCGGUGCAGUGAGCUGGCUCUGCCUCCGGGGCGACUUUGUUGUGACAGAUGGCCUGGCGGUGCCCAGUGAGGGACAGCAGAGUGGGCUCCAGCAAGAGGAGGGCAGCCUGGUGCAUGGAGAGCUUCCAGAGGGACCAGUUUCCUUCACCUGUUGUAGGGAACACAAUCCUGAGCUUCAGUUUUUGUUUUUUUUCUUCCACAGUGGGGUUUGGGAACCCACCUCCUGAGCAAGUUUGGAGGUGAUGGCAGAAUUUUGUUGCAUAUUGGCAGCUUGAAGCUCUUUUUCUCUCCUUUUUGAGGUAAGGCCUCAUAUUAUCUAAAUUGGUUUCACACUAGCUCUGUAGCUGAAGAUGGUCUUGAACUUCUGAUCCUCCAGCCCCCAUCUUCCCAGUGCUGAGGUGACAGGAAUGUGCCACCAUGCCUGGUUCAUGCUAUGCUGGAUAUGAAACCAGGGCUUUGUGCAUGCUAGGUGGGGUACUCUACUGACUGAGGUAUGUGUCCAGCCUUGAAGCUCAAUUUUUAGAGAGCUCUAUCUUGCCUGCGAGUUAUUAGCUCUGGCCUGCCCUGCCUCUGUCUUUUUCAUUUGCAAAUAUUAAGCACCUAUUGUGUUCUUGGCUCUGAGACUCCCGUGGUGAUUUGGACCAGUGAGAUCUUGGCGCUUGUGAGCCAAGCCGGAGCAGUAGCUUGUAAGUACCCCAAAGCACAUGUUUCAAGUGCCACAUCAGAACCUGGGCACACUGCUGUGCCAGCCUGUCCCGUGUGGGGUCUCAUAUGCCCCCACCUCAGGUGGGGACUUCUCUCAUGCAGUCUUGUUUAUUUUGCUUUCUUGGCAGCCUUACUGUCGUGGACUAGAACAUUUUACCCUCAUCUGUAAAGUCUCCCCCCUCCCAUUACUCCUUGCACUGUAACCACAGCUACUAGGAAAUUAAUAUUUUGCUACUGAUCAUUGAAUAAACGUGAAAAUAUUUUAAGGCA